AUGGCUGAGGCCCAUCCAGAUGUUUAUGACCAAAACAAAAAAAAGCUCACGUCAGUGCCAGCCCUUACUUUAUUGUCACUUCACGUUAGCGUGUUUCAGUGGCAAGUCGGAAAGUACGCUUUACUUGAAGAGGAUGAUGAAACAGCAAUUCUGAAAGACGCAUUCGCGCUUAUCGACGCCUGCGAUGGGUUUACAAGUGAAGGAGAUAGCAACAACGACAGCAUGGCGUUGGGGGAAGUUGACAAAUCCAAGCUACUCUGGAGGUCAAGAGGAAAACCGGGUCGAUCGAAAAAUAAAGUGUACAAACCAGUGACCAAAACGAUGCGGAUACGACGCCCAGAGACGUCUUCUACAGCAUUCCAACGUCGCAAAAAGGCUGAGCUUGGUGCUCUGCGUGCUGAAGCGGCCGUACUGGAGAUUCGCCUCAGUGGCCUAAAGCAGAAAAAUCAAAACCUUAUGGACCAAGGUUUGAAUAGAAGCGAAACGGACACGAGGAGUGGACAUUCUGACCGUCAAACGGUGGAGCUCAGUUGGCUCGAGGAAGCUGUGAAGCAGUACCGGUGUCGCCUGGCAGCUGAACAGUGUAACAGAACAUUGAGAGAUAUUUUAGCGACCCAAAGCCGAAUAUCUUGCGAGCUUCGAGCGGUUUUAUAUCAGCGAGAUGCUCUCAAGGGAAUGGAUGUCGUAUUUGGAGAUGCACAAAGAUGA